CUCGUGGGAGCUUCGUGGGGGCCUCUGGGGAUGCUACCGGACGCAUCUUGGGGCUCGUGGGUUUGCACACGCAGCGCACUCCACCUCCCUGCCUUCUCUUACCUAGAGCGUCCUCACCGCCGCACCGGCGAGGACACGGCGAAGUUCGUCAGGAGUGGCAUCUCGGUCACGACGGGCUCCAUCGUCGACGUGCAGGAAAGGUGCGCCGAGGCCCUGGGCAUGUCCUCAAAGGCGUCCCGCGGGCUCAGCCUGAAGCGCUGCGCGCACGAGGUGCUGGGGUGCAACCUGGACAAGGACAAGCGGCUGGGGUGCUCGGACUGGUCCAGCGAGAAGCUCACGCCCGAGCAGGUGCGGUACGCGGCGCUGGACGCGUGGACGGCGCUGCGCCUGCGGGGGCCCCGGCGGGGGGGCGGCGCCGCCCCCUCUGAUCAACGCGCGUGCGCGCUGCGUCUUCACAAGAACGUCCUGCAGGCCCUUUCUGCAGCCCUGGAGAUACGCAGAGGGAGGCCGGGGCGGCCGUUCGCUGCGCGCGCCCUGCUCGUGGCAGCCGGUGGCCUGCUCGGCUGGGGCCAUGGCCUCGUCUGCCGCGGGGCCCCGGCGGUGAGAGGAGACAAGUCGGUCGGAGCGGGCUCCGGGACGGGCCUCUGCGGGCCGACGCCUCGCCCCGGCCGUCGGCUCAGCCCGGAGCCGCCCGCGGUGCCCGCAACCGCGCGGCCGCCAACGCGGGCGGGCGGCCGCCGCGGCGGGGCGGCCGUGGCGCAGACUGGUUUGCGGGGCAUGCCAAGACAGCCAGAGCUUGACGCCAGCCGCGGCGUCGCGGACAGUCACGUCCGAAACGGAACGAUCUCCGGGAUUGCAGACAACAGGGCCUCGACGGCUGUCGCGCUCCUGCCUGCAUGGCCGAGGGCGAUGGAUGUGGCGCUGGGAGGGCCGCCGCAUGAGCAGGACCGCCGGCUGAGUCAAGAGUAUACCUUAUUGGACCCAGGCUUGACCUGCUACGACGUGGGCAUCAACGACACGUCGGACUCCACGGAGUGCUUCGGCUCCGCGAUGGACUACGUCGGACUGAGUGGAAAAAGUUCGCUAAAUUUCGGAUCGGCCUCUUCGUUUACGUUCAGUUGUGUCUUCGACUCCAGCUUGAACAUGGUUCUGUACGCCGAGGCCACCGGCUCCGACACGACGACGUUCAGUUGUGUCUACCACAGCGCCUCGGAUUCCAUGAUCUUUGCGCAGGCACGCGGCGCUCAAACAGAGGGAUCUGCCGACUACCAGUUCCUCUGCAUCGGGACAUACUCAACUACGGCUACGUCCACUCCGAUUACGAGCACCUCCCUGACCCGCAGCUCGACGAUGACCGUGACAGCCACGGCCGCGACAGCCACGACCAGCCGGCUGAGUCAAGAGUAUACUUUAUUGGACCCAGGCUUGACCUGCUACGACGUGGGCAUCAACGACACGUCGGACUCCACGGAGUGCUUCGGCUCCGCGAUGGACUACGUCGGACUGAGUGGAAAAAGUACGCUGAAUUUCGGAUCGGCCUCUUCGUUUACGUUCAGUUGUGUCUUGGACUCCAGCUUGAACAUGGUUCUGUACGCCGAGGCCACCGGCUCCGACACGACGACGUCCGCCCAGUGGAAUUACAUUUGCCCAGGCUCAUUCUCCACGACAGGCUCCUCCACGAACACCGCAACGGCCACAGCCACGUCGACCUCUGCCACGGCGACCUCUGCCACGUCGACCUCUGCCACGACCACGACGUCGACGACCGCCACACAGCCUCCCGCAAUGACAUUGGUGCCAGCGGGCCAGACGUGCUACGAUGUGGGCUUGCAAGACGUCGCGAGUUCCGACUUCUGCUUCGACGCAGCAGCUCCCAUUCUUGGUUUCUCUCCCGCCCAAACGGCUCACAUCCCGACUGCGGCUGUUAGGUUCAGUUGUGUCUACCACAGCGCCUCGGAUUCCAUGAUCUUUGCGCAGGCACGCGGCGCUCAAACAGAGGGAUCUGCCGACUACCAGUUCCUCUGCAUUGGGACAUACUCAACUACGGCUACGUCCACUCCGAUUACGAGCACCUCCCUGACCCGCAGCUCGACGAUGACCGUGACAGCCACGGCCGCGACAGCCACGACCAGCCGGCUGAGUCAAGAGUAUACUUUAUUGGACCCAGGCUUGACCUGCUACGACGUGGGCAUCAACGACACGUCGGACUCCACGGAGUGCUUCGGCUCCGCGAUGGACUACGUCGGACUGAGUGGAAAAAGUUCGCUAAAUUUCGGAUCGGCCUCUUCGUUUACGUUCAGUUGUGUCUUGGACUCCAGCUUGAACAUGGUUCUGUACGCCGAGGCCACCGGCUCCGACACGACGACGUCCGCCCAGUGGAAUUACAUUUGCCCAGGCUCAUUCUCCACGACAGGCUCCUCCACGAACACCGCAACGGCCACAGCCACGUCGACCUCUGCCACGUCGACCUCUACCACGUCGACCUCUGCCACGACCACGACGUCGACGACCGCCACACAGCCUCCAGCAAUGACAUUGGUGCCAGCGGGCCAGACGUGCUACGAUGUGGGCUUGCAAGACGUCGCGAGUUCCGACUUCUGUUUCGACGCAGCAGCUCCCAUUCUUGGUUUCUCUCCCGCCCAAGCGACUCACAUCCCGACUGCGGUUGUUAGGUUCAGUUGUGUCUACCACAGCGCCUCGGAUUCCAUGAUCUUUGCGCAGGCACGCGGCGCUCAAACAGAGGGAUCUGCCGACUACCAGUUCCUCUGCAUCGGGACAUACUCAACUACGGCUACGUCCACUCCGAUUACGAGCACCUCCCUGACCCGCAGCUCGACGAUGACCGUGACAGCCACGGCCGCGACAGCCACGACCAGCCGGCUGAGUCGAGAGUAUACCUUAUUGGACCCAGGCUUGACCUGCUACGACGUGGGCAUCAACGACACGUCGGACUCCACGGAGUGCUUCGGCUCCGCGAUGGACUACGUCGGACUGAGUGGAACAAGUACGCUGAAUUUCGGAUCGGCCUCUUCGUUUACGUUCAGUUGUGUCUUGGACUCCAGCUUGAACAUGGUUCUGUACGCCGAGGCCACCGGCUCCGACACGACCACGUCCGCCCAGUGGAAUUACAUUUGCCCAGGCUCAUUCUCCACGACAGGCUCCUCCACGAACACCGCAACGGCCACAGCCACGUCGACCUCUGCCACGGCGACCUCUGCCACGUCGACCUCUGCCACGACCACGACGUCGACGACCGCCACACAGCCUCCAGCAAUGACAUUGGUGCCAGCGGGCCAGACGUGCUACGAUGUGGGCUUGCAAGACGUCGCGAGUUCCGACUUCUGUUUCGACGCAGCAGCUCCCAUUCUUGGUUUCUCUCCCGCCCAAGCGACUUACAUCCCGACUGCGGCUGUUAGGUUCAGUUGUGUCUACCACAGCGCCUCGGAUUCCAUGAUCUUUGCGCCGGCACGCGGCGCUCAAACAGAGGGAUCUGCCGACUACCAGUUCCUCUGCAUCGGGACAUACUCAACUACGGCUACGUCCACUCCGAUUACGAGCACCUCCCUGACCCGCAGCUCGACGAUGACCGUGACAGCCACGGCCGCGACAGCCACGACCACCUCCUUCGUGAACUACGCGCUUCUGGAAACCGGACAGACUUGCCACGAGGCCGGUAUGGAGGAUGUCACCAGCAGUGCAGAGUGUUUCGGACCUGCCAGACAACAUUUCAAUUUGCAGUAUGUUGCGACGUCCGAUUUUUCAGGACACGGUUUUGCUUUCACAUGCGUGUAUUACACCACGUACUCGGAGAUAUACUUCGCGGACUCUAGCCCAGAAAACGCUAUCGGCUCUUUCUAUUACCGGUACAUCUGCAGGGUUCAGUGUACAGCCGACACGUCUUACAAUCUGUCAAAGGGUGACGGGUCUUGCACAGAAUCGCGCUGCUAUGCAUUCUCGCCACCUGGCAUGUUGAACGUGGCCAGCAGCUCGUCUUGCACCGGUAUUGCGAGCCGUGAGUCGUGCUCGCCAGUUUGCGAUGACGGUUACCAGCUUGUUGAGCCAAUCAAAUGCAUGUUGGGCUCGUUUGAGAUGAUUCCGGUGGUCUGCGUCUCCGAUGCGGACGCGGAGGCGUUCGAACGUGUCGAGGUUUUGCUGGUGGAGAUUGCGCUCGUUGCCGGUCAGACGAAUUCGGGCAUUACGGCGGAGUGGGCUGGCGGCGGGACCAGGGCUCCGAUGCAAAGCGCGCUCGGCGACGUUUUAGGCUUGUACCCAGAGCAGGUUUAUUUAUUGGAGAUGAAGGACCUGAGCUCAGACUCAGCGUCUGGCAUUCCAGCGAGGCGUUUGACAGGAGAGGAGGGGCUGUUCGUCAAACUGUGGCUCCAGCUGUACCCGAUGAACGACCGCACGGCGGUCGAGGGUGGCCUGGCCGACCUCGGGACGAGAAAUUUUACCGGUAGCUUCGUCAGCUUCUUGCAGGAGGCCGGCGUCGCGGUGCCGGCGGGCCUCCGCACGGCCGCGGUCGUCGCCGGGACGCCCCUGACCACCCUCGAGAGCGUGCCUGUGGCGCGCUGGGUUGUCAGGACAGAGUGGUCCGCCUGCAGCACGACGUGCGGCGAGGGUGAAAUCACCCGCGACGUCGAUUGCCUGACCGGCAACACCGAACUGUGCAACGCAAACGCGCCCCCGGAUUUCACGCAGGACUCGUUCGAGCCAAGCUCGCUCCCCUGCAAGUCGUACAUCCAGUGCCCGUACGACUGGACGUGCCCCAGCGGCCCCGACGAGGAGACAGGCGAAGGCUGCGAUGCACAGGCGGGGUUCGUGUCCGCGGCCAUCGCCUUCUCUUCCGCCAUCUGCUGCUCCCUAUCCAUCCGGUACGUCAGGAACAUGUGCAGGCAGCCCGUCGGCGGCAGGUUCCGCGUACAGUUGAAGGGCGGCGAGAGCAGGGGCACCACUAUCGACUGGACCCGGGACAACGGCUUCUCCACCGAGAACGGCGUCUCCAAGACGAGGCUCAAGUACUCGCUCGGCGAUGGGCUCUUCGCCUUCUUCCAGCACGAGCGGGAGGCGGGCCGCGCCAUUCUGACGCCGAGCGAUGGGGAGCCCAUCGAGCACGUGGAUCUGAAUUUGGGCGGCGAGGUGGAGUUCGAGCUCGAGGUCCGAGUGAGGACUCUGGCCACGAACGCGCUGCUCGUCGCCAAGGUCUACUCCGAGGUCGAGCCGAUGCGACCCGUCGGGAAGGCGAAAGGUCUGCUGAUCCGCGGGGGCGUCGCCGCCUGGCAGAUCGGCGAGGAGUUCCUACUGGGGAGCACGCGCGUGGCCGACGGCCUCCCGCACGACAUCUCGGUCUUCUACGACACGGAGCAGGACGAGUACGUCCUGAAGGUCGACGGCGAGGAGGACGCCAGGGGAUUCUGGGGGUCCCCAGACGCCCCGGAGUGCAAGCUCGUCUUGGGCUCCCCGAGCGCCCCCCGGGACGAGAGGUUCAACGAGAUCCUGCCGCUCCUCGACCAGCUGCGCGGCUGCGGCGUGGAGGUGCUGCCGCUGGAGGAGCAGUCGGACGAGGUUCUCCUCGACGGCGACUUCGACCGGAUCAUCUGGAAGGAACGCCAGUGGAUCAAGGGUCUGGACAAAAUGGAGUGGGUCUCCUACCAGUUGCACGUAGACACCGAGGAUGCCAUGGUGAAGAGAGCGACAUCGAAGGCGCCCAGGGCGGAUGAGACCGUGAUCAUGACGGAGCUGGAGGCAGCGCCCGAGCCGAAGGGCACAGCGACUGCAUACGUGAUCGGCGACGCUGUGGAGUAUUGGUCUAAGACCACGAACUCGUGGUUAGGUUCGAGGGUCAUGAACAUCAGGGGCCAGCCUUACCAUAGCGAGGAGCACGGCAUGAACGUCUUCACGUACGACCUUUUUGUCAUGGCCGCCAGACAGCGCGUACCCAACGUGGAUAUGAAGGACCUGCGCUUGCCGUUCAGUGUGAGUGAGCCGGUGAGCGUGUUCUCCAAGAAGCACGGGGACUGGUACCCGGCCAUCAUACACGCGGCGCCGAGGGAGGCGCGGGACCCGAGGCUCGGGUACGACGUCGCGCUGGAGCCCAGCGAGCUCAAGACGGAGAUGCUGGAGCACGCCAGGCAGCUCAAGGCCCAGAAGGAGCUCCAGGGGAACCAGUACGAGGAGAGACCAGGCCGCGGAAGCCGCAGGCGGCCGAGGUGGAGCAGCGAUCAGGACGUCGCCGGCAGCGCGGAGCUCGACUCGGUGCCACAGGUGCCCCCGCUUGGCGGCGACGCGCUGACGAGCAGCAGGCCGGCGCAGGUCCCGCGGCUGCCCAUCGGACAGGAGGACGGCAACCCCAGCGGCAACCCCGAGAGCAGCCCGAUGCAGGAGAAGGACCUGCCCGUGCUCAAGAGCAUGCCGGGCAGGCGCCUCCGGAGGCGCUUCGACCGCGGCAUGCCCGUGCUGGUGUACCUGGGAGCGGAGCAGGGCUUCCUCACGGGCACGGUCGUGGAGUCCACGGGCGGGCCAGAGCCCAGGGACGUCAUCCCGUCGCCGAGCCCGAGACCGAGCCCGCGGUCUCCGAGGACCCGCUCGCGGAUCAGGUGCCCAGAGGCCUCCCCCUCGAUGUCGCCCUUGCGCUCCGGCGACGACGACGACCAGCACGGCGUCGACGUCCGCCCCAGCGCCGGCACCGCCGAGGUCGAGGCUGCCGUCGCCCCACAGCGCCACGCGACGGCCACCGUGUCGAUCCACGGCCGGAGCGGACCCGACCGCACCUACCCCGAGUACAUGCUGAGGGGCGAGGGCCACGUCCUCAAGGACCUCGGCGGGCCGCGCGGCAUCCGGGACGGAGGUGGGGGCCUGCAGGCCCCGACGCCCGACGCCUCGGUGCUGCCGGGGGCGACUCCGCGCACGGCGCGGGGCACUGCCUCCGCGAUUGCUCGUCGCCCGCCCCCCGACGAUGCCAAGGGACGUCAGGGUGCUCAGGACCGCGAGAGCGCGAGAGACUGGCCCGCGAGAGCGGCCGAGGACGGGCCGACGAGGCCGGCCCUGGCGAGGGGCCAGCGAUAUCGGCCGGCCAGGCCCGCCUUCGCCGCCGGGGCGCAGAGUAUCCUCGCGCAUAAGGGCGCGAACAGCUCCAUGUCGGAGAAGUCCAUGAAGCGCAUCGGUGCUGUCAUCGACACGCUCGACGACAUUCUCGCCAGCAUCGAGAGCGAGGAGACGGAGGAGUCGGCAAACGUGGGGAAGUUCCUGCAGUGGUGCAAGGACAGCUCCAGGACCAUGGCGAAGGCCCUGGACCAGGCCAAGCGCGACCUCGAGGAGGCCUCCACCGUGGACCAGGAGCUCACCGCCUCCGUGGAGGGGCUGGAGCACACCCUGGGGGAGCUGACGGCCGCGACGCAGGAGACGCAGGACAUGGUCGACCAGUCGCAGACCAGGCGCGACGAGUCAGUCGCAACGCUCUCGGCGUGGAGAUGA